GUAAUUGAACGACGACUACACCUUGCUCUGGCUGAGAGUGAUCUUGCACCGAAUGCAGAAAUUGUAGAAAGGCGAGACCAUGGCGUUUAGUUUCGGUGCAGCCGCACCAGCUACAAGUCCAUUUGGUGGGGGUGGAUUAUUUGGUGCUGCGCCAGCAGCGCCAGCGGCGAGCAGCGCGCCGGCCACUGGGGGCGCAUUUGCGUUUGGAGCAAGCACAACACCAGCAUUUGGAGCGAUGACAACGUCGGCAUUUGGUGCACCUGCUGCACCAGGGACAACGGCGGCAUCGCCCUUUGGGGCAGCGCCCGCUGCGCCCGCUGCGAACCCGUUUUCAGCACCAACAGCAUUCGGAACGACAGGAUUGUUCGGGCAACCAGCGUCGGCUCAAACAACUUCAAAUGCACUAGUUCCAGCGACCGGCCUUUUUGGCGCGCCAGCAGCUCAGACCGCUCAGGCCCAGGCUCAGGCCCAGGCCGCUGGGCAAGCACGGCCAGGAGGAUUGAAUUAUAAAACCAAGUUUGAGGAGCUGCCUCCUCAGAUGCAGCAGGAGCUGCAGAAAAUUCAGCAGGAGGUGAGCGCCUACCGUGACGAGUGCAAGGCGCUGGAGGCGGACGCGCGCUUGCACGACACCGUCAGCAUCAAGCAGAGCCUGGACUCCGAGACUGCGGCUCUGCGGCAGACGCUGCAGUCGCUGCACCAGGCGGCGGUGGCGGAGGACGAGGCGCUCAUGGGCUUCAGGGAGCGCGUGAUGGUGCUCCUGCGCAGCACCGAGUCCGCCAUCCGCCUCUACCAGCGCUCCAAGCUGUGGCGCGAGCUGUCGGCGGCGGUGGGGCAACCGGGCGGCGGCGCGGGCGGCGGCGCCGCGGCGCAGCUGCUGGCCAGCCAGGCGGUUGCGGACCAGAUCAGCCAGCCGGUGCAGCUGCCCAACCCCUACCUGGGCCUGGCGGUGCGGGGCUUCAGCGAGGCGCUGGAGCAGUACCACCGCUGCAUCUCGGAGCUGGAGCGCGUCACGGCCGCAGCCGCCGCGGGCGGCGCCGGCAUGGGCGGCAUGGGCGGCGGCGGCGACGACGCGGCGGCGGUGGCGGCGCUGCCCACGCUGGUGAGCCGCAUGCAUGACUACUUCGUGCACGUGGCGGCGCGGCUGGAGCGGCUGCACGGGGAGGUGGGGCGGGCGCGGGAGGCCUACCUGGCGGCGCGGCGGGCGCGGGGCGACUACGGCGACCCCUUUGCGGACGCGCGGCCGCUGCACCACAUGAGCAAGGCCGGAGUUAACCCCAAGUCGGGCGCCAACUCGGGCGGCGCAAACAACGGCGGCGGAACAUUCUACAGCUUCGGCGGCCCAGCCUCGAACACAUACGGGGCCGCGGGGUUGGGAGCGGUGGGCGGCGGCGCGGCCGGUGGUGGCGGCGCGGCGCCAGGAACGCCGGGUGCGGGCGGCGCGGGAGCGGGCGGCGGCGCGGCGGCCUCUGCCGGCGGCAUGUUUGGCAUGUCGCCAGGGCCGCUGGGCGGGACUGGCGCGAGCCCUUUCGGCGCCCCUGGCAUGGCAGGCGGGUUCGGCACUCCUUUGAUGGGGGCGGCCUCGGCGCAGCAGCCGCAGCAGCAGCGCGUGUCGGCAAGCCGGGCCGGAAGCAGCAGCAACAAGAAGCGGUAGCCGGCCGCUGCCACCGGGCAUGAGACAGGGGCAAGCGUUGAGGUGCACGGGCGCGCCUUGGCUGCGGCAGGUGCGGGGACUGGCGCUUGAGGCGCGAAGGGGUUCGGCCGUGGAGGCUGUGGGCUUGGCCCUUGCGCUGUUCAUUGCCCCGGUGGGGGUUUGGACGAGCAGCGUAGUGGAAACUUACUGGCUGAGCGGGAAACGACGUGCCGGCUUGAGGACUUGAGGACACGUUGUGGCCGCGUGCGGUGGGAGACGGCUUCGUGCGCCGAGGGCGCGGAUGUGUGGGACUGACCGUGAACUGCGCCGGUCAGUCGCCGCUGAAAUGGUCAUGGCUGGCAGCACCGGCCUUUGGUAAAGCGUGUAAUGCCGUCUUGUU